AUGGCGUCUUCCGUGGGCAACGUGGCCGACAGCACAGAACCAACGAAACGUAUGCUUUCCUUCCAAGGGUUAGCUGAGUUGGCUCAUCGAGAAUAUCAGGCAGGAGAUUUUGAGGCAGCUGAGAAACACUGCAUGCAGCUGUGGAGACAAGAGCCAGACAAUACUGGAGUACUUUUAUUACUUUCAUCUCUACACUUCCAGUGUCGAAGGCUGGACAAAUCUGCCCACUUUAGUACUCUGGCAAUUAAACAGAACCCUCUUCUGGCAGAAGCCUAUUCGAAUUUGGGGAAUGUGUACAAGGAAAGAGGACAGUUGCAGGAAGCAAUUGAGCAUUACCGGCAUGCAUUGCAUCUCAAACCAGAUUUCAUCGAUGGUUAUAUUAACCUGGCAGCCGCUUUGGUAGCAGCAGGCGACAUGGAAGGGGCAGUACAAGCUUACGUCUCUGCUCUUCAGUGCAAUCCUGAUUUGUACUGUGUUCGCAGUGACCUGGGGAACCUGCUCAAAGCCCUGGGUCGCUUGGAAGGAGCCAAGGCAUGUUAUUUGAAAGCAAUGGAGACGCAACCGAACUUUGCAGUAGCUUGGAGUAAUCUUGGCUGUGUUUUCAAUGCACAAGGGGAGAUUUGGCUUGCAAUUCAUCACUUUGAAAAGGCUGUCACCCUUGACCCCAGUUUUCUGGAUGCUUAUAUCAAUUUAGGAAAUGUCUUGCAAGAGGCACGGAUUUUUGACAGAGCUGUGGCAGCUUACCUUUGUGCCCUAAGCUUGAGCCCAAAUCAUGCUGUGGUACAUGCCAACCUGGCUUGUGUAUACUAUGAGCAAGGCCUGAUAGAUCUGGCAAUAGACACCUACAGGCGAGCUAUUGAAUUGCAACCACAUUUCCCUGAUGCUUACUGCAACCUAGCCAACGCUCUGGAAGAGAAGGGCAGUGUUGCCGAAGCAGAAGAUUGUUAUAAUACAGCUCUGCGGCUGUGUCCCACCCAUGCAGACUCUCUGAAUAACCUAGCCAAUAUCAAAGGAGACCAGGGGAACAUUGAAGAGGCAGUUCGCUUGUAUCGUAAAGCAUUAGAAGUCUUCCCAGAGUUUGCUGUUGCCCAUUCAAAUUUAGCAAGUGUAUUGCAGCAGCAGGGAAAACUGCAGGAAGCUCUGAUGCAUUAUAAGGAGGCUGUUCGAAUCAGUCCUACCUUUGCUGAUGCCUACUGUAACAUGGGAAACACUCUAAAGGAGAUGCAGGAUGUUCAGGGAGCCUUGCAGUGUUAUACUCGUGCCAUUCAGAUUAACCCUGCACUUGCGGAUGCCCACAGCAAUCUGGCUUCCAUUCACAAGUAUUCAGGGAAUAUUCCAGAAGCAAUUGCUUCUUAUCGCACUGCUCUGAAGCUUGAACCUGAUUUUCCUGACGCUUAUUGUGAUUUGGCUCAUUGCCUGCAGAUUGUCUGUGAUUGGACAGACUAUGAUGAGCGAAUGAAGAAGUUGGUCAGCAUUGUGGCUGACCAGCUGGAGAAGAAUAGGUUGCCUUCUGUGCAGCCUCAUCAUAGUAUGCUCUAUCCUCUUUCUCAUGGCUUCAGGAAGGCUGUUGCUGAGAGCCACGGGAACCUCUGCUUGGAUGAGAUCAGUGUCCUUCAUAAACCACCGUACGAACAUCCAAAAGACUUGAAGCUCAGUGAUGGUCGACUGCGUGUAGGAUACGUGAGUUCUGACUUUGGGAAUCAUCCUACUUCUCAUCUUAUGCAGUCUAUUCCAGGCAUGCACAAUCCUGAUAAAUUUGAGGUAUUCUGUUAUGCCCUGAGCCCAGAUGAUGGCACAAACUUCCGAGCGAAGGUGAUGGCAGAAGCCCAUCAUUUCAUUGAUCUUUCUCAGAUUCCAUGCAAUGGGAAAGCAGCUGAUCGCAUCCAUCAAGAUGGUAUACACAUCCUUGUAAAUAUGAAUGGUUAUACCAGGGGUGCUCGAAAUGAACUCUUUGCUCUCAGGCCAGCUCCUAUUCAGGCAAUGUGGCUGGGCUACCCUGGGACCAGUGGCGUGCUUUUCAUGGAUUAUAUCAUCACAGAUCAGGAAACUUCACCUGCUGAAGUUGCUGAGCAGUAUUCUGAGAAACUGGCUUAUAUGCCCCAUACUUUCUUUAUUGGUGAUCAUGCUAAUAUGUUCCCUCACCUGAAGAAGAAAGCAGUCAUCGAUUUUCAGUCCAAUGGGCACAUUUAUGACAAUCGGAUUGUGCUGAAUGGCAUCGACCUCAAAGCAUUUCUUGAUAGUCUCCCGGAUGUGCAGAUUGUCAAGAUGAAAUGUCCUGAUGGAGGAGACAAUGCAGACAGCAGUAAUACAGCUCUUAAUAUGCCUGUCAUUCCUAUGAAUACUAUUGCAGAGGCAGUUAUUGAAAUGAUUAACAGAGGACAAAUUCAGAUAACAAUUAAUGGAUUCAGUCUUAGCAAUGGACUGGCAACUACCCAGAUCAACAUUAAGGCUGCCACUGGAGAGGAGGUUCCCCGUACCAUUAUUGUAACCACACGUUCUCAGUACGGGUUACCGGAAGAUGCCAUUGUGUACUGUAACUUUAAUCAGUUGUAUAAAAUUGACCCAUCUACUUUGCAGAUGUGGGCAAAUAUUCUGAAGCGUGUUCCCAAUAGUGUACUGUGGCUGUUGCGUUUUCCAGCAGUAGGAGAACCUAAUAUUCAACAGUAUGCACAAAACAUGGGCCUUCCCCAGAACCGUAUCAUUUUUUCACCUGUUGCUCCUAAAGAGGAACAUGUUCGGAGAGGCCAGCUGGCUGAUGUCUGCUUGGACACUCCACUCUGUAAUGGACACACCACAGGGAUGGAUGUCCUUUGGUCAGGGACACCCGUGGUGACUAUGCCAGGAGAGACUCUUGCUUCCCGAGUUGCAGCUUCCCAGCUCACUUGUUUAGGCUGUCUUGAGCUUAUUGCUCAAAAUAGACAAGAAUAUGAAGACAUAGCUGUGAAACUGGGAACUGAUCUAGAAUACCUGAAGAAAAUUCGUGGCAAAGUCUGGAAGCAGAGAACAUCUAGCCCUCUGUUCAACACCAAACAAUACACAGUGGACCUAGAGCGGCUCUAUCUACAGAUGUGGGAGCAUUACGCAGCUGGCAACAAACCUGAUCACAUGAUUAAGCCUGUUGAAGUCACUGAGUCGGCCUAAAUAAUGACUGUGUGCACAGGAGAAUUACCCUGUACCUGAGCCUCAACCUUCUGGGGGAAAGGGAACUACUUUUUCCUUAUCUGUACAAAACCAUGUUGCAGAUGGGUGACAGACAAUGAUAAGAAAUAGCACAGCCAGACUUGCUUCCUGCAUGAUCAUGAUCAUGAUAGGGAGAGACACAAGAGAUGGGAAACUGCUGUUCCACAAGGAGUCUCCAUAGAAUUUUGCAGCAGCCAGGUGUCUGGAAGGUCUGGAAGUGAGUCCUGUUCUUCCUUUUUCUUUCAGCAGAAAUGAAAUCCCAGUUGUCUUGGUCCUUCUGACCCCAUCCGUCGGUGCUACUUCAGUUCCUUACCCCUUCCCUUGUGACCCUGGGCGGUGAGAUCCUCUUUCUCCGGCUGGUCCGCGGCAAGUGGCACUCGAACAGGGACCUGAAGCGUGAAGGCAAUUAAAAGAAAAAGAAAGUGCAGGUAAGAGAACCCUUAUGCAAAAUAUGUGUGGCCACCAGUAAAAGUGAAACUAAUAGAGGCAUAAGGCAAUAGUCAGAAGUAAAAUAAGAUGGGGCCAAAGGGCUCAAAGGAGUGUGAAUUAUUUGCUCAGGUUUUACUUUCGAUGCUUAAAGCUCGGGGUAAUAAAGUUUCUACCUCACAGUUGACUGAAUUUUUACAGCAUAUCCAUGGUGUAUCUCCCUGGUUUCCUGAUGGCGGCUCUGUUGACAUAGAAAUCUGGCAGAAAGUUGG